AUGAGAGAUCUCCGCAAGAAGAUCCUGCUGGAGAGCGGCAAGACGCAGUCGCGCAAGGCGCGCUCUCGGCCUGACUCCAAUUUCGGCUCGACCACACAGUCACCAGCGAGCUCGCCCGGGGGAUCACGGCAAGGCUCCCGCGCACCAAGUCGCUAUGCGUCAGAGGAUGAGCUGAGCGAUUCUGACUUGAACGAUAGUCUCACCGAAUCCGUCAUGGCCUCGGAAGACGGGGACGACGUCGUUGGCGACUGGACCGACCGCCUGAAGGACUGCAUCAACGAGAUCUUGGAUCGCAAGCGCAGCAGCGUCCAGGGGCGCGAGAAGUACCUGGCUGGCUUCGUCCACCUUACCAGACACCAUUUUGCCGAGGCCCUGGUCGAGGACCACCUGAAUGAACUAGUUCCUGCCAUUCUGAGGAGCAUCCGCGGCGGCCGUAACACGGACGAAACGGUUGCAGCCCUGAAAGCUAUACAGAUGGUCGCUAUUACGACCCAGUCGGACAGCAUCUACGACCAAGCAUACUCCAUUCUGAAAUCCGCAUGUGAGAGCUCUGGCGAGGAGGCCGUCAAGGUCGAAGCCAUCAAGGCCAUGGGUGUCGUGACCAUGUUUGGCGGCGGCAUGGAUGCCACCGCGGAAGAGUUGAUGGACUACCUGCAAGAGAUCGUGGAGAGCGAUGGACAUAGCAUAGAAGCCGCUGACAACGGGCCCGUGGUCACCACGGCCCUCACCGUGUGGGGAUUUGUCGCCAGUCACCUUGAUGAUCUGGAGCAGCAAUCUGAAGAAGCACUCGAGGCCUUCACCGAUCAGCUUGACAGCAGCGACGCUGACGUCCAAGUUGCUGCGGGUACCAACAUCGCACUGAUCUUCGAGGCGAUCCGGUUGUACAACGAGCAAGCUGAGGAGGAGCAUGACCAACGUCAACAGGAGCUUAGGGAGGAGGCCAGGCUGAACAAGCGAGAAUUCAAGGCGGAGGCUUACAACCCAUUCGACCUUCAGCACAACCAGCACCGCCUCGUCCAGCGCAUGACAGAACUCGCUGGCGAAUCAUCGAGAGGCGUGUCCAAGAAGGACAGAAGACAGCUUCAUGCUCAGUUCAACAGCAUCCUCACGUCACUAGAGCUAGGCAAAGGCCCAGGCUACUCGAAGGCUGGCCGUGUGGCAAGAGAAUCGGACCGAAACGGUGCCCGAGUCUACGAUUCCGAAAAGGUAUUCCAGGAACUUGGCUAUCGGGAGAAUAUUCGCGGGGAUAACGGACAAACGCUGACCAUCGAUUCAUGGUCACUUUCGAUACGCGUCCAAUUUCUCAAGAAGACGUUGGGUGGCGGGUUCCCCAUCCACUGGUCUCACAACCCAGCCAUACAGGAGUCGUUUGAUACUGCAUGA